GAAUCAUAAAAGCAAAUUCUCCUGACAAACCUAUCGGAUGAUUCGGAUCCUCCAUGUAGGCCCAAACCCGAUCCACAAAAGCAAACACCUCCCCUCUUAAACAAAAAUAGAUCAAAAACAAUCGACAAAUAGAGAAAGCUUGAGCUUCCUCUAAUGGCGGGGAUCGCUCUAAUUCUCGAUCUACUCAAGAAAAAGCAAACCCUAACAACUCAAUCUAUUCACCCCUACACCCUCUUCCCCGCCACCGCCGCCGCCACCGCCGCCUCCAUCGCCGCCGGAAAACCUUUUCUCUCGCGAGCUCUCUUCGGAGAUGGUGGAAUUCCAAUUGCUUAUUGUGAUGCCGGUGUAACAUUGGAUGAAAGAUACACUCCUAAUCUUCGGGGCACAUCUGAAACUGUUCUCCAUGAAGAGUCUAUUAAAUUCAAAGCCAAAGAUUAUCCCAUAGAGCUAAAACCUCUGUUCUCAGCCUUUGGACUGAAGUCUCUUGCUAUGACAUCUGUGAGGUCCUUCUUGUUGUUUUAUUUACCUCUUCUGGAACCUCACCAGCCUGCGGAUGAUGAUGAUGAUGACGUCCUACAAGAAAUUCCAGGAGAUAGGCCCGUAGAUUUGGUGGUUCCAUUCAAGAAUUCAGUCAAGCAGAUUUUCCGUGAGACUGCUGUCGUAACAACUCGUAGGGUGCUGGAAAGACUUUCUGUUCAUUAUGUUUCACAGAGAAUGGCACGGAAGCUUCUCAAAGAUGUCUCUAAAUCGGCGAAGCGCAAGGCUGCACGUGGGCUGCCGACAACAUUGUUUGUUUACAAUGUCAGCAGAACGACUUUCAGAGGACAUAUGCUAGGUGUUGCUGCAUCAUGGGUUGUCCAAAUAAUAAUUGAGGCUUACAGAUGCCUCAUACGCAAGCCUGUGGAUGAGAAUGGUGAUAUUCCUAGAAGAGAGAAGAUCAGGCUUCUAGCGAAAAAGAUCUAUGGUGCAAGUAUUAAGUGUGGAUCGUCUUUAGUCUUUGCAUCCAUCGGAGCAGGAAUUGGUGCCCUUUUUCAUCCUUCUACUGGCCAAUGGAUUGGUUGUGCGAUAGGAGACUUUGCAGGGCCAGUAGUUGCUAUCGUCUGCUUUGAGAAGCUUAAUCUUGAACUUUGAUAACCGAAUCGCUAAAGCUCCAUCUUUAACGAGAUAAGAUCAGCUCCUGAACAAGAAUUCGACAUGAAGACUCUCCGUAUACAAAGUUUUCGAGAUUAUAUGAACUAAUAAUUGUUACCUAAUGAGCAAGCUUUCUCGUAGCUUGUAAUUUCGUUAUAUAUGUACUUUUGAGGGACAUUAACUUAAAUGAAAAUGUGUCAAGAUGAGCAACCCGUUGCACGAAAAAAUUGGUGCUGUUCAUUUCAUGUACGGUUAGCAAACUGUAUCAGGUUAUCAAUGAGCUGCUAAUACUUGUUUUAGUUUCAUCUUUGUUCGCAUUGGUCCUACUUUUUUAAAUUACGAGGAAGCCAUAUGCUUCCUCUUUCUAGAGUUGAGUAUUGAUAUGCUCGUCCGUUGUUCUGUAUCACUGGCGUAGAGCACUCCCUACAAGUUGCUCUUUGAUCGUGUAUUCUGUGGAAUUUUUGUGACUUAAUGUAUUAUUGUGACACUGUGAAUGCCUUCCCUUGA